UCCGCGCAUGCGCAGAACGCGUGGCCUUGUCGUCUUCAGCUGUAGGGCAAACUCCGCUCACCUCACCACCACCACCACUUCGUUUCACCACUUCUCUCCUCACCGCGACGAUGUUCUCACGCAUCUCGGGCGCUGGCGCCGUGCGCACGGCCAUCAGGAGCUUCUCCUCCUCCUCGCAGUCCCUGACGAGGGUGGCUGUGCUCGGGGCAGCCGGGGGCAUUGGGCAACCUCUCUCCCUGCUGCUCAAGGGCAGCCCGCUGGUGUCUGAGCUCUCGCUGUACGACAUCGUUCACACGCCCGGCGUCGCCGCGGACCUCAGCCACAUUGAGACGCGGGCACGGGUCACCGGUCACGUUGGGGCAGAUCAGCUGGGGGCAGCACUGAAGGGCAGUGAGGUGGUGGUGAUUCCUGCCGGAGUCCCUCGCAAGCCAGGCAUGACUCGCGAUGAUCUCUUCAACACCAACGCCUCCAUCGUGGCGACGCUGGUCGACGGCUGUGCCCAGCAUUGCCCCACGGCCAUCAUCUGCAUCAUCUCAAACCCGGUGAACUCCACGGUGCCGAUCGCGGCUGAGAUUUUGAAGCGUCGCGGUGUCUACGACCCCAAGAGGCUGUUUGGGGUCACCACGCUGGACAUCGUGAGAGCCAACACAUUCGUCUCGGAGCUCAAGGGACUGGACCCCUCCAAAGUGAACGUCCCGGUGAUCGGUGGCCAUGCCGGCAAAACCAUCAUCCCCCUCAUCUCCCAGUGCUCUCCACACGUGGAGUUCCCUCAGGCUGAGUUGGAGGCUCUGACUCUACGUAUUCAGGAGGCCGGCACUGAGGUGGUUAAAGCCAAGGCUGGGGCCGGCUCUGCCACCCUGUCAAUGGCGUUUGCCGGCGCUCGCUUCACCUCGUCGCUGCUGCGGGCACUCGGGGGCGAGAGCGGCGUGAGUGAGUGCAGCUUCGUGGAGUCCAGCCUCACCGCAAGUCCAUACUUCUCCACUCCGAUCAUCCUCGGGAAACACGGCCUGGAGUCCAACUUAGGCCUGGGCAAGCUGUCCGCAUUCGAGGAGCGGCUGGUGCAGGAGGCGUUGGCCGAGCUGCAGGCCUCGGUCAAGAAGGGCGUCGAGUUUGCUGCGGCCUUCAAAGCCACCAAGUGAAUGGCCCCCCCCCUGUCGUAGAGGCACGCUCAGAGGGACACACUCAUAGAGACACACUAUCAUAGAGAGACACUAUCAUAGAGACACACACACACUCAGAGACACACACACACUCAUAGACACACA